AUGGCCCCCAACGAAGAAACUCAGUACCAUGGGAUGGUCCAACUCCUCCUGUAUUUCAAGUGGACAUGGAUCGGCCUCUUUGUUCCAGACAACGAUAAUGGAGAAAGGUUCCUGAGCACCUUGACCCCUCUGAUGACCAGCAAUGAGAUUUGUGUUGCCUUCUCAAAAAAAGUACUACUACAAACCUGGCUGUGGAUACCCCAUGAAGCACCUGCCAUGUGGAGACAAGUCAAUGUCUUUGUUUACUAUGCAGACUAUCAAGAUGGACUUUUUAUAAUCAUAGAGGUACAAUCCUUCCUUGAAAGGAUACAAACUGGAGGGAAAGUCUGGAUAACAACAGCGCUUCCAAAUAAAAUCUUGACAUAUGAGACUGGAGCCUUCCGGUAUGCCCAUGGUUCUUUGUCCUUUGUAAUGAAGACCAAAAAAAGGACAAAACAUGACUACUAUAAGCCAGUGUAUUCUCCUACUUGGUGGAAAGGAUUCGAUUGUUCAUAUUCAAAGCAUGUAUUGUCCGUGAGGGGUUGGGAAAGAUGCAGGGAGAGGGAGAAUCUGGAGAUGCCACCUCAGGAGGAGAUUGAAAGAAUCCUGUCACAAGACAGCUACAUCAAUUACUAUAGUGUUCAAGCUGUGGCUCAGGCCUUAAAAACAGCAUAUACAUCUGGACCCAAGAAGAGGCAGGUGGUGGGUGGAGGAGACAUUGUUGAACCUCCAAGGCUACAGCCAUGGCAGCUUCAUCUUUUCUUGAAAGAAGUGCAGCUCUCUUCAAAUACUUCGGAUGCUGGACAAUACUUGGAUGAGAAUGGGGCAGUGGCCAUUGACUUCGAUAUUGUGAAUUGGGUGCUGUUUCCUAAUGAUUCUCGUGCUAGAGUGAAAAUUGGAAGCAUAAAGAGACAGAAGUCCUCAAAUCCGAAGUUCACCAUUAACCCAGAAGCAAUUGUGUGGCCCAAGCUGUUUAAGAAGAGACAGAGGAGAGCAUGUGUGAGCCGUGAGUCUUCUUCUUCUGCUGCUUACAAUGUGCCGUGUUCAAGAUGCACAGAGAGCUGUCGCCCUGGAUAUGCCAAGAAGGUGCAGGAAGGGAAGCCACCAUGUUGCUACGAUUGUGCUCCCUGCUCCGAAGGGACCAUCUCCACUCAGGAAGAUGCCAAUAAAUGCACCAAAUGCCCAGAAUAUCAGCAUCCAAACAAGGACCGAACUCGAUGUGUCCCCAAAGUCACCACCUUCCUCUCCUAUGAAGAAUCUUUGGGAAGAUUCCUGAUUUCCUUUGCCCUCUUCUUUUCCUUAACCACAGGCAUUGUGUUAGGAAUCUUCAUUAAAUUUCUUGACACGCCUCUAGUCAAAGCCAACAACCGAGACCUCUCCUACAUCCUCCUCAUCUCCCUUCUGCUCUCCUUUUUGUCCUCUUUUAUCUUCAUCGGCCAGCCAAGGAAAGUGACCUGCCUUUUCAGACAGAUGGCCUUCAGCAUCAUAUUCUCAGUUGCUGUUUCUUCUGUCUUGGCCAAAACCAUCAUGGUGGUGUUGGCUUUCCUGGCCUCAAAGCCAGGAAACAGCAUGAGGAAAUGGCUGGGGAAAAGUUUGGCCAACUCUAUUGUCAUUUCCUGUUCCAGUCUCCAAGUUGUCAUCUGCACCCUAUGGCUGGGUCUGUCUCCCCCAUUCCCAGAAUCCAACAUGCACUCCCAACCUGGAGAGAUCAUCUUGCAAUGCAAUGAAGGAUCUGCCGCCAUGUUUUACAGUGCCCUCGGCUACAUGGGCUUCCUGGCUGCCAUCUGCUUCACGGUGGCUUUCCUAGCCAGGCAGCUGCCUGGGGCCUUCAAUGAAGCCAAGCUGAUCACCUUCAGCAUGCUGGUCUUCUGCAGUGUUUGGGUGUCCUUUGUGCCCACCUACCUGAGCACAAAGGGGAAAUACAUGGUAGCUGUGCAGGUCUUCUCCAUCUUGGCCUCCAGUGCUGGGCUUCUGGGCUGCAUCUUCAUCCCAAAGUGCUACAUUAUCAUACUCAGGCCUGAUCUGAACACAAAGGAACAGAUGAUGACGAAAAAUUAAGCAUGGCAUUUAAUUCUUAGUACUAGAGGUAUGGACAAAUUCUGCACUAGAAUAUGGACUGGACCCCUAGAUAAGGAUGAUUACACUGUAGCUGUGAAGGCCAGGUUGGACUCCCAACAUCUGAAUGAGCAGCCCCAAUAAUGUUCUUUUUUUAUAUGCCACUGCAACCCAAAAUAAGCUUUGAGCUACUCCAAGUAAUAUAUAUUUAUAACCAACAGACCUGUCUCCUUUCAGAUUCAUUUUUCUUUCCAUUCAAAUGCAUUGUUUUAACUGAAGCUUCUUCAAUUCAUUUUCACCCUAGGUCUCUCUCUCUCUCUCUCUCUCUCUCUCUCUCUCUCUCUCUCUCUCUCUCUCACACACACACACACACAGAGAGAGAGAGAGAGAGAGAGAGAGGGAACCACAUGAGGAUUCUGCCUUAGAAAUAAUUUUUUUAGGAUUUAGGAUUUAAACUGCCCUAGUGAAUAAUGAAAAACAAUACUACAUGACCUAGCCUGCAAGAAUAAAUGGUUUGCUAAAAUUCUGCUUCCAUGUGUCCAAGCAGUUUAGAACAAGAAAGUAAUAUUGUACAAAGCUGAACUAAGGGACGAACAAUUUUAUUUAGAAAUGUUAGUACAUUUUGAAACUUGCUUGUACUUUUUCAUUUCCAGUGGUACUUGCGUGUCAGUUUAUGCAUAAAUAUUUGCUGGGUUCUGCAGGUCCUCAGAGUCUCCAUGACGCCGAUAAUGUUUGGAGAAUCUCCAUGUGCUUGAAUAAAAAGAGCUUUUGAGGUGAAUCUGAGUGUGAUUAUUGAUUUCCACAACAAAACUAAAAACCAGGCCGUGCCAAAUCAUGUACGCGAACCUCUUGCACUAGAAAGCUGGCCAUUGUGUGUUUCCCAAAGCUUCGCCUUGGCACAUGACAGAGUUACUUCCACAUAAUACACUGAAAACACUCUUAUACCAAUCUUGGCUCCCCCCCCAAAAAAAGAUAAUGAGAACUGUAGUUUCUUUAAGAUCCUGAAAGUUGUUAGGUGACCCCUC